AUGAAUGUCGAUGAUGAGGAACCUCCUUUGCUGGUAGAGGUCGAGAAGGAGAUUGAUGUUGGUGCACUUGGUUCACUUGACGAUCCAAAUCCCAUCAUCAAAGUCCCUAUUACCAUAGCAUGUACAGGGUACCUCGGAGCUGGGAAGACAACCCUGAUGAACUACAUUCUGAACGAGCAGCAUGGCAAGAAGAUAGCCGUCAUAUUGAAUGAAUUCGGCGAUUCGAUUGAUAUUGAAAAGUCUUUGACUGUCAAUAAGGGCGGUGAGAAAGUGGAGGAAUGGCUUGAAGUCGGCAAUGGCUGUAUUUGCUGUUCGGUGAGAGAUUCAGGAGUCGCAGCCAUUGAAUCGUUGAUGGAGAAGAAAGGACUCUUUGAUUAUAUCCUCCUUGAGACCACUGGUCUAGCAGACCCAGGGAAUCUUGCACCUCUGUUUUGGGUCGACGAAGGACUCGGAAGUACCAUCUAUCUGGACGGCAUUGUUACCUUGAUCGAUGCCAAGAACAUCCUGAAGAGUCUUGAUGACCCUGUUCAAGAGACUGUCAAGCAUGAAGAGCACGAGGGACACCAUGGGCCUGUCUUGACCACAGCGCAUCUCCAAAUCUCAUACGCGGAUGUUAUUGUGAUCAACAAAUCGGACCUGGUUAGCGAGCAAGAGCUGCUCGCUGUCAAGGAGCGAGUACAGGCCAUUAACGGUCUUGCAAAGAUUCAUAUCACCUCUCAAGGGAAGGUCCCGCAACUCGAGGGGUACCUGUUGAAUUUAGAUGCGUACAGUGACGUGGGAGCAUUGGAAGUUGCGGAUAAAGGGCAUAGUCACUUGGAUCCGGUAUGUAGGUCUACGAUGGGUGGAGUGUACGCUGACCAACCUCCGAAGACAAUUGCAACAAUAACCCUCACAAUCCCAGUCCUUGAGGCUGACCAGCUGCCCAAAUUCGACGAGUGGCUCAGGUCAAUUCUCUGGGAUUCCACGCUACCGGCUGCGGGCUCAACUGGGGAAGAAAAGUUUGAGAUACAUAGGCUUAAGGCCAGACUGCCGCUUUCGAAUGGCGAAGUCAAGAUUGCCCAAGGGGUUCGAGACGUAUUUGAAAUUGUUGAUGCUCAAAGUACGAGUGACUCGGCCCAGGCAUCCAGUUCACAGGGAAAGGUUGUGUUGAUAGGGAGGCAUCUUGUAGGCAAGCCUUUCAAGGAGAGCUUAUUCAAUAUGAUUGGUUCCUCAUGA